GUUGCAAGAGUUAUAAUUUCAUUUUGUAGUAGUAAUAGUCAGUCUCUGCAGGAAUGAUUGCUACAUUAUCUUUUUUUACACUUUAAUAAUGAGUGCAGUCCGAUGGGGAGCACAAGCCAGUGCAAACUGUAGGCCAGUUCCAAGCCUGCAUACAUGCAGAGGGUUGUGUCAGGAAGGGGCAUCAAUCUUAAAACUUUGCCAAACAAAUAUGAGCGUUCAUCCAAAAAAUUCAGUACUGGAUCGGUCGUGGCCCGGGUUAACAACGUCCGCCACCGGCGCCAUUAACCUACAGGGCGGUGGUGGAAAUUCAGCUACUGUGGGUUGAAGAUGAAGGAGAAGUGGAAAGCGAGUUCUUAGGCAGAAAGAGAAGAGGAAAGCACAGAGCCUAGAACUCAUGUUCAACUUUGAAUGUUGGGAGUAUGACAGGAAAAGCUCAGGAGUUCGUUGACAUGGUGAUUCGGAGAAAGGUUGAUUAUAUUGUGUGUCCCGGAAAGCAGGUGGAAAGGCAGUAAGGCUAGAAGUUUAGGGGCAGGGUUCAAAUUUUUUCCCAUGGUGUGGAUUUGAAGAGAAAUGGAGUAGAUGCAGGGGUGUAAAACCCAUAUUAGUUCGCGGGCCACAUUCACCCCAAUUAGAUCUCAAGUGGGUCGAACCACAAUAUUUGUGGCUUAAAAAUCCAUAAAUAACAUCUAUUAAAAAAUUUCCCAUUGUUUUGGUGCAAAUAAUUCCAAGUAAUUUUGGAAAAUAUUCACAUUUAUUCAUUAUCUUAUUGCAAAUUUUGUUGCAUAUCAUGACCAGUGUGAAAUUUUCAAGCAAACAUUAUUUCAACAGUAUUAUGAAUCAGUGAGCAUGCACUGUUCACUUAUGCAUCCUUUGUAAAUGUACAUAAAAAUUUAAGUUGUGACAGUGCAUUGAAAAAAAAAUACCCCAAAAAGGUUCCAACAAAGCAUCCUCUUUUUAAGUGAAGCUUUUGACUGAAAUUUUGUAAUGUUCAAUGUCUUAAAACAUUUCUACAGGAGGUAGUUAUUUUCACAGAAUUGUAGUGUGAACAUGGCACACCAUUUUAUAUUGGUGUGCUCCUGAAACUUGGCAUCAUUCUGAACUUGGCCUUCACAAGUUCCGUAUGUUUGACACCCCUGGAGUAGGGGUUAUUUUAAAGGAAGAGUUAGCUAAUAAUGUCUUUGAGGUGAAAAGAGUGUCAGAUCGAGUGUUGAGGCUCAACUUGGAAUUGAGGGUGUAAUGUAUAAUGUAAAUUAGUGGCUAGGCCCCACAGGUAGGAUGUGACCUAGAGGUGAAAGAGAAGUUCUGGAAGGAGCUAGACAAAGUAGUUCUGGGCAUCCCAGACAGAGAGAGUGUCUGAAGAUUGGCGCAGAUUUUAAUGGACAUGUUGGUGAAGGAAACGGGGGUAAUGAAGAAGUGAUGGGUAACUUUGGAAUUCUGGAAAGGAACUUGGGAGGGACAGAUGGUGGUAGACUUUGCAAAAAGGAUGGAAAUGGCUAGAGUGAACACUUUCUUCCAGAAGAGGCAGGAACAUAGGGUGACCUACAAGAGCGGAGGUAGAAGCACGCAGGUGGAUUACAUUUUAUGCAGACGAUGUAAUCUGAAGGAGGUUAAUGACUGUAAGGUAGUGGUCGGGGAGAGAGUGGCUUGAAAGCAUAGGAUGGUGGUGUGUAAAAUGAAUCUUGUGGUUGGGAGGAAGAUUAAGAAAGAAAUGGCAUAGCAGAGAACCAUGUGGAGCUGGAACCAAGCUGAGAAAGGAAGAGUGUUGUGCAGCUUGUCAAGAAGAGGUGAGCCAGGCUCUCUGUGGACGGGGGGAGCUUCCAGAAGACUGGACCACGACAGCCAAGGUGAUCAGAGAGACAGGCAGGAGAGUACUUGGUGUAUCUUCUGGUAGGAAAGGGGAGGAGACUUGGUGGGGGACCCACAAAGUACAGGAAAUCAUAGAAGGAAAGAGGUUAGCAAAGAAGCCGUGGGACACACAGGACUGAGGAGAGGAGACAAGAAUACAUGAGGAUGCGACCUAUGGCAAAGGUAGAGGUGGCAAAGGCCAAACAAGAGGCAGGCACACAGUGGGACAAAAAAGUAUUUAGUCAGCCAUCAUUUAUGCAAGUUAUCCCACUUAAGUUGAGAGAGGCCUAUAAUUUUCAUCAGAAGUGUACCUCACCUAUGCGAGACAAAAUAAGAAACAAAAUCCAGAGUCACAUUGUCUGAUUUUUAAAGAAUUUAUUAGCAAAUUAAAUAUUUGGUCAAUCACAAAAGUUCAUCUCAAUACUUUAUAAUAUACCCUUUGUUGGCAAUGACAGAGGUCAAACAUUUUCUGUAAGUCUUCACAAGGUUUUCACAUCAGUCUCAUAAUUUAAAGGUCGUUACAUUUUAUGAAAUAAGAGUUCUAGAUGACAAAGGCUUCCUUAUUAAACUCAAAAACACAAGGAGGAGUGGAGUUUUAUAGAAUAUUUAAUUAGAUCUACAAGGGAUCUAAAGGGAAACACACAAAGGGAUCUAACUACAAAAAGGAAACAUGAAUAAUGGUGGAAGAAAAGAAAAAUAGGUUUGGGAAAAAGGGAAAUAGAACACUGUCUUGCUGGACUAAAGUUGAAAACGUGAGCGUUUUAAUGCGCUCAGCCCGGGCGAGAGAGAACAAAGUUGGGAUUUUGUGUGAAGCUAGUAAUUUCCCCCAAAUUAUGAGGCACUAAUAUUGUACAUCCUAGCUACACUUAUUGUGCGGUACUCAUGACCGUAGAUCAUCUGGUCGGUGGGGGUGGUCGUUCUCCGGACACCUCAGGAGGAAAACAAAGCAGGUUUAGUUGUAGAAAAAGAAAAAAAACAAGAGAGGCAGAAGAAGAAAAAUUGUUGUCCCCUCGGUCCUGCUGAUUGAACUGGUGGCGGACCAAGCUCCUGCUCUCAGCAUCGCGCAUGCGUGACCGGUACGGGAUGCAGGUAGCUGCUUGCUGAGGCUCCGCCAACCGAUCACAGCUAGGGAAAGCGAUCAAAGCCGCAUGGCUGGUUUCCUCGAUCAAAAACUCCGCUGGCUAAAUUGAGGCGGGUGUUCACGCAGGUGGGGACGCUGGAGACAAAAGAAAAGGAAGCGGGGAGGGGUGGACAGGAAAGAGGAAACACACGAAAGAGAGGUAGAAGAGGCGGGAGUCAGAGGUUAAAUACCCAGGAGGCGUGUCCCAGAGGACGGAGACCCGGACAAGACCACGCCCAUCGGCUCGAAUUUAGUCUACGAACUUUGCCGUAAAAGUCGUAUAAAAAUCAUAUCUGAAUAUAAAAUACUCCCAACUUUGUAGUCUUCCCCAUAGAUUACGCAUAUAGAAUGACCGUUUAAACUUUAGUCUUGGCAAAUCAACUGUUUAUGGUUCAAUCACAUUUCAUGCUUCUUGGCUUCAAACCAAGACAAACAGUUCUCACAGCCGCACCUGUAAAGUUGACACACUGACAGACAUCAAGGCAUACAUUUGGAAUAUUUCUGUAGAGUUCGUGAAAUAUCAAAACAGACAUUUAUCUUCAGUUAAAAACAACCAUUCCGGGUUGCAGUACUCUCAAACGCCAGUGGGUGGCGCCUUGCGUGCAUGUUUGAAUAUUAAGCAAAUAGUUAAUUGCUGUAUUUGCGUCCCGUUGUCGAUCUGUCCCAGCUUGGUCUCCCGGAGAGAUGAUCCCAACUUUUGGCUGCUGUCAGUUCAAACAAAGAAAAUGAUUCUUUGAUGACUGUAAACCAAGAUAUCGAGAGGUUCUGCUAAUUAAUUUAGGGUCCACUUGACAUACGCCAGGCUUCCUUUUUAGUGGCCGUUUCACAGCAGGGCCGCAGGGAAGAAUGCAGUUUGUCAAAUUGUGGGAUGUUUUGGCAACUGGGUCAGAGUCACUACACGAGCAACAGUAUGGUUUAAUGCCGAGAAAGAGUACAACAGAUGCAUUGUUUGCCUUGAGGUUGUUAUUGGAGAAGGUCAGAAGGAGCUACAUUGUCUCUUUGUAGAUCCAGAGAAAGCCUAAGACAGAGUACCCAGAAGGGAACUGUGGUACUGCAUGUGGAAGUCGGGAGUGGCAAGAGUAGUACAGGACAUGUAUCAGGGCUACAGAACAGUGGUGAGGUGUGCUGUAGUUGUGACAGAGGAGUUUAAGGUGGAGGUGGCACUGCAUCAGGGAUCAGCCCUGAGCCCUUUCACAUUUGCAGUGGUGAUCGAUAGGCUGACAGAUGAGGUUAGACUGGAAUCCCCGUGGACCAUGAUGUUUGUAGAUGAAAUUGUGAUCUGCAGUGAAAGCAGGGAGUAGGUGGAGGAAUGCACUGGAAAGGAAUGAAGAUUGGCUGAAGUAAAACAGAAUAUAUGUGCUUGAAUGAGAUGGGUGGAGGGGGAAGAUUGACGCUACGGGGAGAAGAGAUAACUGGGGUGGAUAACUUUAUACUUCAACUGUCCAGCGCACUGGUGAGUGUGGUAAGGAAAUGAAGAAACGGGUCCAAGCAGGUUGGAACGGGUGGAGGAAGGUGUCAGGUGUGCUAUGUGACAGAAGAGUCUCUGCUAGGAUGAAGGGCAAAGUUUAUAAGACAGUGGUGAGGCCAUUCAUGAUGUACAGAUUAGAGACUGUGCCACUGAAGAGACAACAGGAAUCAGAGCUGGAGGUGGAAGUAAUGAAAAUGUUGAGGUUCUCUGUAGGAGAGACCAGAUUGGAUAUGGUUAAAAAUGAGCUCAUCAUACAGAUUGGAUAUGGUUAAAAAUGAGCUCAUCAGAGGGACAGCCAAGGUUAGAUGUUUUGGAUCCAAUUAGAGAGGGCAGACUUCGAUGGUUUGGUCACGUCCAGAGGAGAGAGUGAGUGUAUUGGUAGAAGGGUGACUAGGAUGGAGCUGCCAGGCAAGAGAGCUGGAGGAAGACCAAAGAGAAGACUGAUGGAUGUCGUGAGGGAAGUUGGUGUUAGAGAAGAGGAUGCAUGAGAUAGGCUUACAUGGAAAAGGAUGACACGCUGUGGCAACCCCUAACGGGACAAGCCGAAAGGAAAAGAAGACGACACUUUAAUAUUGAAUAAAAAUACAAUGGAACAUCCAAAGUGGCAAACAAUCCAUUCUUUUGUAAUUUCCAAAUGCUAAGGAAUCAAGAGCCAAAUUUCUGUCCUGCAAAACCGGAUAGAGCAGCUGGAGCAGCUCCUCGAGGAAAACCACCAAAUCAUCAGUCACAUAAAAGACUCUGUCAUGGAGCUCACAGACACAGGAGCAGUGUCUCCCAGUGGCCACCUGCCCUUCAGGGGUGCCAAUGGCUCUUGGGUCCUUCCCUUUGACGGCCGCCCCACUUUCCUUGCGGUCAACCCCCAGGACUGUCAGUUGGCUGCAGGCAGCCACAGUCAGGCAGAUGUUCAGAUGUUGGAUGUAUUCUCGCUCCUGAAGUUUGACAAUCCAGAUGGUGGUGUGUGGAAACAGGGCUUUGACAUAACUUACGACGCUGAUGAGUGGGACAAAGAACCUCUGCAAGUGUUUGUGGUCCCACACUCUCACAAUGAUCCAGGUUGGAUUAAGACUUUUGACAAGUACUUCACAGACCAGACGCAGCAUAUUUUAAACAACAUGGUGGUGAAGCUCGCCGAGGAUCCCCGCAGGAAGUUCAUCUGGUCUGAGAUAUCCUUCUUCUCCAAGUGGUGGGAGAGUGCGGAUGCACAAAAGCAGGAGGCUGCGCGCAAACUGAUCCUCGAAGGACAGCUAGAAUUUGUGACAGGAGGCUGGGUGAUGACAGAUGAAGCCAACGUUCACUACUUCGCCAUGAUAGACCAGCUUAUUGAGGGACAUCAGUGGCUAGAGAGAAACAUAGGGGCAACACCCCACAGCGGAUGGGCAAUAGACCCCUUUGGUCACAGCUCCACUAUGGCCUAUGUGCUGAAGAGAGCCAACCUGACUAGCAUGCUCAUCCAGAGGGUCCACUACUCAGUAAAAAAGCAUUUUUCUGCCACACGCAACUUGGAGUUUAUGUGGCGGCAGCCCUGGGACACUGGAUCCAAUUCAGACAUCUUUUGCCACAUGAUGCCCUUCUACAGCUAUGAUGUUCCUCAUACAUGUGGGCCUGAUCCAAAGAUCUGCUGCCAGUUUGACUUCAAGAGGCUACCUGGUGGUCGAAUCAAUUGUCCAUGGAAAGUGCCACCCAAGACUGUGGUGGAGGAAAAUGUAGCAGAGAGGGCACAACUCCUCCUGGAUCAGUAUCGCAAAAAGUCCAAACUUUACCGGAGCAAGGUGCUUCUCAUCCCUCUGGGGGAUGACUUCCGUUACGACAAGCCCUUGGAGUGGGACCAGCAGUAUAUCAACUAUCAGAAGCUCUUCGAUUACAUGAAUUCCCACCCUGAGAUGCAUGUCAAGGCUCAGUUUGGAACUCUAACAGACUACUUCAAUGCGCUGUAUAAGUCCUAUGGAGUGGCCCAAGGAUCCCGACCUGCAGACUUUCCUGUGCUCAGUGGGGAUUUCUUUGCCUAUGCGGACCGCGAAGACCACUACUGGACUGGUUACUUUACAUCCCGGCCCUUUUAUAAGAGCUUGGAUCGUGUCAUCGAGUCACACCUUAGGGGAGCUGAGAUCCUUUACAGCUUGGCAGUUGCCAAUGCCCGAAACAUGGGCAUGGAAGGACGCUAUCCAGUCUCAGAUUACGCCCUGCUCGUUGACGCCAGGCGCUCUGUGGGCCUUUUCCAGCAUCACGAUGGCAUCACUGGCACUGCGAAGGAGAAUGUUGUCGUUGACUAUGGCACCAGAUUAUUGCGCUCACUCAUUGGCCUGAAGCGAGUGAUCAUCAACGCUGCUCAUUUCCUGGUGAUGAAGAACAAAGAGUUUUAUCGCUUCUACCAGACCGAGCCUUUCCUGGAGACGGAUGACAGGCGUGCUACUCAGGAUUCUCUACCUCAGCGCACUUUAAUCGAGCUGGAUCCAGCAGGGCCAAGGUACUUGGUCCUGUUCAACCCGGUUGAGCAGGAGCGGCUGUGUGCUGUGACUGUGUUGGUCAACACCGUCAAGGUGAGGGUGCUCACUGAAGAUGGACAGACUCUCCCUGUGCAGCUGAGCGCUCAGUGGAGCUCGGCAAGUCAAAUGAGCGCAGAAGUGUUUGAGGCUACAUUCAUGGUGCGUCUACCAUCACUGGGUCUUGCCGUCUACCAUCUGUAUGACUCUCCGGACUCGCCCAUGACGCUGCGCUCAGACACCCUUCUCCGGCUGCCGGGUAGCGCCCUCACUGCCCGCGCUUUGGACCCACUUCCUGUUCGGUCUCAGCAGGCUGACCCUCAGACAUUCUACGUCAGCAGCCAGUUUCUAACACUGGGCUUCUCCGGCACCACCGGCCUGCUGGAGAGUAUCAAACACAAAGAUGAUCCUCAGGAAAGGAAGGUCCAGAUGCACUUUGUGAUGUAUGGAACUCGUCCUUCUAAGGACAAAAGUGGCGCUUAUCUUUUCCUGCCCGAUGGGAAAGCAACGCCCUAUGACCACAGAGAGCCACCAGUGGUGCGCGUCGUUGAGGGGCCUCUCUUCUCUGAAGUGGUGGCUUACUACCAACACUUUGAGCAGGCAAUUCGCAUCCACAAUGUUCCAGGUGUGGAUGGCCUAUCUGUGGACAUCACCAGCAAAGUGGACAUCAGAGACCAGACCAACAAGGAGCUGGCCCUGCGAAUGGUCACUGACAUCCAGAGUAGAGAUGUCUUCUACACAGACCUCAAUGGCUUCCAGAUGCAGCUUCGUCGCCGCCACCAGAAGCUCCCCUUGCAAGCUAACUUCUACCCUAUGACCAGCCAGGUGUACAUCCAGGACAGCCAUCAUAGGCUGACACUGCACACGGCUCAGUCUUUGGGUGUCAGCAGCCCGGAGAGUGGCCAGCUCGAAGUAAUUUUGGACCGCCGACUGAUGCAGGAUGAUAAUCGUGGGCUGGGUCAAGGCCUCAAGGACAAUAAGAGGACCGUCAACCACUUCCGACUGCUUCUGGAGAGGAGAUCGACGGGCAAUAAGCCUGUUGGCUUCUUUGUCAAAUUCUCCUCCCUGUUUCACAAUCUCCUCUCCAAAAUGUUGAGUGACAGAGUUGAAGAGAUGAUGGACAGCUCCACGACGAGCUUUCCCUCUGUGCUCAGUCAUAUGACCAACGGCUUCCUGAAUCAUGAUGUUCUGGCACUGCCAGUCCUACCCAAAAGACGCGGCGUGCCUCCUCUGCAAACCUUUGCACCACUUAAGUCCGCGCUCCCCUGUGACUUCCACCUGUUAAACCUGCGCAGCAUACAGAGCCAAGACCCCAACGCUCCGUCACCAUACACGGCUUUAAUUGUUCACCGUUUUGGCCUCGACUGUGCUUUGGAUAGUCCAAACUUAGGCUACAACUGCACCACCACCCAAGGACAGCUGAAUAUUUCCAGUCUCUUCAAGAACUUGGACCUGCAGCUGCUCCAGCCCAUGUCUUUGACCCUGAUGUAUUCUAGUCCACCACUGGCCAACCACUCGACAGUAAGCCUGGAUCCGAUGGAGAUCUCCGCCUUCAAACUCAAAUUGCGCUAGGAGCAAACCUGAUCCAGCGGGCUCACACUCUUCGGACCGAGAACUGGACCCUCGCUGGCUGUGAACCGGCACGUGGGACUCUGAUUCAGCUGUGUCGAAAGCGUUGUGGAGAACCACAAACUCUAAGAUCACGGCCGCAUUGGGUUCUCCUGCGUAAGAAUGUGCUCUUUCUUGCGUUUCAGCCUGGAACUGAACUACUGAAUGUAAAUAUCCCAAUGAUGUGUAAGAGGGAGGGGUGAUGGGGUGGGGGGUUCAGCAAAAAUGUGUGCCAGAUAAGAGUGCAAUUUAAAAAGCUUGAUUUGUUUUAUGGACUCUUAUUUUUAUUAAUUUUCUGUGCACGCAAGGGCAUACAUUGCAAUUGUUUUUUUUGUUUUUUUGUCUCAGUUCAGCAAAGACAAUUGUGUGUUGUGGACAUUCGGAGAUACAAGCGGGUCUCCUCUCUGCAGUAACAGUGGGAUCACGUGAGAGGUCCACUCAUCAUUCUGAGCUUCCUUGUCGCAGCGGGUCAUCAUUUGUCUUAAUCCUUGUGUUGGCGUGUCACCCCUGAGCAGCUGUGCAUGCAGUUGUGCUCGACUGACACUAGACCAUAUACGUGUGCGCGUGCGGAGUCUUCGGCCACCACUAGCCCUGUUGUUUUCAUGAGCCUUUUCACAUGCUGACACUUUAAAUAGUAGGACCCAUACAGUUUGCAGGAUGAAGCUGGGGUGUUUGAAACUCAAUGUGCACUUAUAUUUUGACAAAUACGGGAGGUACACUGAAACAUGUCUGUUAAUAAAAAUAUAAGUGCAGUGACUUUCUGAACACGCCAUAGUUAUGGAUGGAUGGAUUAUAGCAUUGUUGAAACAACAAUUCUAAUGCUGGUUUAAGACUUUUUUUUUUUUUUUUUUUUUUUUUUUUUGGGGCACAGUGCUGUAUAUGUACGCAUAGAGUAUGGCGGGGAACAUUCAUGAUGCUCGUGCAGGUUUGUCAUGAAAGGUGAAUGCAAAAUCUGCAAUGUUUAUUUCAGCCAUUCAGGUUUUUACUCUAUAUAAUUCAAGCUAAUGAGGGUUUUGCUUUUGAGCUUUGAGCUGCUUGGGCUUCCUGUCUUUAAAUCAUAUAUCAAGCCCAGCCCCACAAAGAGAUUUGCAAUGAGAUUAAAAUCAUUUAUCAGUAAUACUUUAGUAACAUUCCAGCGCUCAUGGAGAAACCUUAUCUAUCUACUAAAUUUGGCAGUGGCAUAUCUUGAGAAUUUAAUUUCAUAAAAUCUCAUUUUUUGUUUUUAAAAAGCAUCACAAGGAAAAUUCCAGGCACCUGUUUUGCAGGCAGAUGGAUUUAACUUUUCCACACAAUCACCUGUGACUUCAGUUGCUCAAGUCAAAAUUAGGAGGCAAAGCUGAGUGACAAAGUAAGUGUAGCUGGCUGAUGUGCGUACAAGACAACAAAAUUCCAUCUCCACAGAGUUGCUGCAUUUUCCUCCUGUACUUAAUCUGGAGCUGUGGACAAUUUUUUUUUUAGGACUACAUUUCUAGUUUAGUUAUGUUAAUUUCCCAGAGGUCUGUCACACAUCAACACACGCUGCGCUGGCUUGUUAACAUUUUAGUGAGUUGCACUUCCUGUUUUUCCUUCACUCAAUUUCCAUCUCAGCCCUUUCACUGUGUCACAUCAUUGUGGAAUUUUGUCCAUUUAAAAAAAAAAAAAAAUAAUGAAAUUUUCUGUCACGCUCUAUGUUCAGAGGUAAUAUAUGGUGGCAGGCUGUCUUCUGUAUUCAGUCCCGGUGGAGUAAUAAUGCAGAAUAAAGAAAAUGCUACAGAA